GAAAAUCCGAAGACUGGAAAAAGGUAAAAUGCAUUCGAAAACUCGGCUCAACAACAAUGGGGCAACAACAACAACUAUUGGCACUGUGUGGCAACGAGGAGUUGGAAAUCUCCUCGUCUCGAUAAUCGCCUGGCACUCGAAGACUGCUCCUAUGAUUUUAAGUGGACGUUAUUCUGCUGUAUUCACCAAUAAUUGCAGUUGCAAAUAUGAGUUUUCCAUUUCGCAUUUACCAUUUCCCAGGCUCUGGCAGCUGCACAGUUCUCGGACGGCAAUUGACGUAAUGAGCAGUAAGUUCCUUCGUUAUUUAUUCAGUAAUUCCACACCUCGUAUGCGUAUAAAACAGUUCACAUUUCCAGGUCACUCGGCACACCUAGUAUUUGCAUUGGAUCGAAUUGAAAGAUGGCCAAGCAGCAGCGAAUAACAGGAAAUUGGGAUCGAUUCUGGAUUCCGUUUCAGGAUGGUUGGGCUGUUUUCAAGGAUCCCCAGAGGCAGCCUCGUCAUAUUAAUGCCUACUGGAAUCGAGACCAACUUAAAGCCAUGGGUCUGUACAUAAACUCGGAGAGACUUCAAAUGACUGCCCUCAUCUGGAAAUAUUUCGUUUUGACCGCAUUGAUAAUUUGUUUGGCAUCACUGUUGUAUGGAAUUCCUGAAUCCUUCGGUGAUAUUGUGAAUCUGGGAAGGGACUUGGUCUUCACAGUAACGGGCGCAUAUAUUUGCUCAAGAUUGGUGUUCUUCGCUCAGUACUCUGAUGACGUGGAUAUGAUAAUCGAUGCUCUAGAGGAUUUACAUCACAGGAUGAUUAAAGGCCCUGCUAACAGGGAAGUGCAAGCCAUUAAGCGUUUCCAUAUCCUGUUGAUAACGGCUUUACAAGUGAUUUGGUUUGCGGUUAUUUUAAUCUUUAUUCUGAUAAAAAUAUCAACACCAUUUUAUAUUAAAUCGCAAAGUUUGCCCUUUCACGUCGCCUGGCCCUUUGAACUGCACAAUCCGUCGAAACAUCCGAUAUCCCAUGCCAUUAUAUUUUUAACUCAAAGCUUUACAUUGCUUUAUUUUCUGCUUUGGCUUGGUUUUGCGGAGGUCAUGGGUGUUUCCAUUUUCUUCGAGAUGACUUCUUUGUUAAGGGUCCUUAGCAUUGAGCUACGAAACGUCCAGGAACUUUGCCAAGGCGACGAGAACUUGCUAAAUAGUGAGCUAUGUCGACUGAUCAAGUUCCAUCAGCAAAUUAUAUUACUAAGUGAUCGCUGUAAUGAGAUAUACAAUAGAGCAUUUAUCAUCCAAAUGUUGGUUAACUUCAUUCUAGUCUCAUUGUCACUUUUAGAAGUAGUGGAGGCCAGGAAGGAUCCUCAAGUGGCGACUGAAUAUCUGCUUGUUAUGACGAUGACUCUGGGACAUCUCUCAUUCUGGUCAAAAUUCGGUGAUAUGUUCUCGGAAGAAUCGGAGCAGGUGGCCCUGGCUGUCUAUGAAGCUUAUGAUCCAACUAUUGGAUCCAAGACCAUCAAUCGUCAAUAUUGUUUUUUUAUUCAGAGAGCUCAGAGACCGCUUCAGAUGAGUGCAAGUCCUUUCCCCCCUUUUAAUUUGAUGAAUUAUAUGUUUAUACUAAAGCAGUGCUAUUCAAUUUUGACCUUAUUAACAAACACAUUGGACUAG